AAAGAAGCUCAUUAUGCUUAUAGGAUUCGAUACCGGUUGAGGAAGCAAGUUCUGGUACCACUACAUAAGGUUCUAGAAAUCCCAGAGGUGUACAUGAGUGCUAAUAUGUGGGAAACCCUACCUUACAACCGUGUACCCUCAAUGGCCAUGAAGAACUACAAGUCUCACUUUCUCAGGCACAACAACAAUCGGUUCCACAAGUACCUCAAUGACGUGAAGCGUGGGGAUUCGACAAUCGCGGCAGGCACGUUGCUCCCACACGAGAUUAUCGAGUCAUUAAAGGAUAGCGAUGGAGGAGAGGUGGCUAAGCUUCAGUGGAAGAGAAUGGUGGACGACUUGUCGAAGAAGGGCAAGCUAAGUAAUUGCAUUGCGGUUUGCGACGUGUCAGGGAGUAUGUCUGGUAAGCCUAUGGAAGUCUGUGUGGCUCUAGGGUUGAUGAUCUCGAAGCUUAGUGAGGACCCGUGGAAAGGCCAAGUCAUAACGUUUGAUGAUAACCCUAAAAUUCAAAGGCUUCAAGGAGAAAGUCUCUAUGAGAAGACUAGUUUUAUAAGAGAAAUGGAAUGGGGUGGGAGUACAAACUUUCAGAGAGUGUUUGAUGAGAUUCUCCAAGUGGCGGUUAAAGCAAACUUGAGCGAGGACCAACUUAUACAGAAAGUGUUUGUUUUCAGUGAUAUGGAGUUUAAUGAAGCAUCUGGGCAUUAUUAUGGUUAUGAUUCUGAGUCGGAGUCGGAGUCGGAGAGCGGAGAGGAAAGGCAGGAAGAGAGAGAGGCUAGGCUGAGAAGGUCGAGGUGGGAAACGGACUAUGAGGUUAUACAUAGAAAGUUCAGGGAGAAAGGGUACAAUAAGGUGCCUAAGAUUGUGUUUUGGAACCUUAGGGACUCCGAGGCCACGCCCAUUCCUUCCGAUCAGGGUGGGGUGGCCCUUGUGAGUGGGUUCUCUAAAAAAUUGGUGAAGUUGUUCUUGGAAAAUGAUGGAAUUAUCAACCCUAUGACUGUUAUGCACCAAGCCAUCACUAGAAAGAUGUACGAGAAGCUCGUUGUCUAUGAUUGA